AUGACAAUCGACAACCCCAAGAGGGAAGUUCCUUACAAGACCGUGGGCCACGAUGAGCCAUUGGCUCCCCCAUACAAUGCGAGAAAAGCAUAUCUGCAGGAGCCAGUUGCAAUUGUGGGCAUGGCUUGUCGUCUUCCUGGUGAAAGCAAUACCCCAAAGGCGUUAUGGAAUUUCUUAAUGAAGGGUGGUGUCGCGAAGAAUACACCUCCUGAAUCACGAUUCAACAUAGCGGGACACCACGAUGGCUCUAAAAUGCCAAAGACCAUGCGAUCACCGGGAGGCAUGUUCCUUGAGAACAUCGAUCCACAGGAAUUUGAUGCUUCAUUUUUCGGUAUAUCGCAUGUGGAUGCAACUGCGAUGGACCCUCAGCAGAGGCAGUUACUGGAGGUUGUGUACGAAUGUCUCGAGAACUCGGGGUUGCCUCUGGAGUCUUUGGAUGGAGCCCCUGUCGGAUGCUUUGUCGGCUCGUAUUCUGUGGACUAUGAGCACAUGCAAUCUCGUGACCCAGAAGAUCGUGCUCCCACCGUUACCGUUGGUGUUGGACGGGCAAUUCUCAGCAACCGCAUUAGUCAUUUUCUUAACAUCAAGGGUCCCAGUAUGACUGUGGACACUGCCUGCUCGGGCAGCUUGGUGUCUGUAGACCUUGCGUGUCGUUAUCUGACAACUGGUGAGAUUGACGGGGCGAUUGUGGCGGGGGCCAAUAUGUACCUGAGUCCCGAGCACAACAUGGAUAGCGGUGCAAUGAAAGGAGCGUCCUCGCUCUCAGGUAAAUGUCACACAUUUGAUGAGAAGGCAGACGGCUAUAUCAAGGCUGAGGGUGUGAAUGCUGUGAUGUUGAAGCGCCUUUCCGAUGCUAUUCGCGAUGGUAAUCCCAUCCGGGCUGUCAUCCGAGGCAGUGCCACUAAUAGCGAUGGCCAUACCGCGGGAAUUGCAAGCCCGAGUGCCGAGGCACAGUCAAUGGCUAUUCGAGCCGCCUACGCCAAUGCCGGACUGUCUAACUUCCACCACACUUCUUACAUAGAGUGUCAUGGAACUGGGACACAGGCCGGCGACCCGACAGAGGUCAGUGGUGUCUCAUCUGUGUUUACUCCUGGGCGCGACAGCGCCAGACCCUUGUAUAUUGGGUCAAUCAAGAGCAAUAUCGGCCAUUCCGAACCCGCAGCGGGUAUUUCUGGCCUGAUUAAAGCGGUACUCGCUAUUGAGAAUGCUAUGAUUCCUGGCAAUCCGACUUUCAUUAAUCCAAACCCGAAGAUCGAUUUUAUAGGACUUAAUGUCCAAGCAUCACGUAUUGCUCGUGAGUGGCCCGAUAUGCCUUUCCGUCGGGCCAGUGUGAACUCUUUUGGGUAUGGAGGCUCAAAUGCCCACGUCGUUGUGGAAGAGACAGGCUCAUUCACAAACAUCAAGCAUGUCUCGUCUUAUCAAACGAAGGCAGAUAAUAUGUUUGAUGAGGAUGACAAUACACUGGCGACACGGCCCUUCCUCAUUCCGCUCUCUGCAAACGACGAUCAAUCUCUCAUGUCUUACUUUGAUAGACUUCGAAUACAUCUCAUGGAUCUCAAUGUUAAGGUUGAGAUGGCUAGUUUGGCGCACACCUUAUCGGAUUGCCGAUCAAAGUUGUAUCACCGGGGUUACAUUGUCACUCAGUCGACGAAUCUAGAUGAAACCGCAUUUGUUCAUGGCAAGAAAACUGCGGAGCCUCCAAGAAUUGGUUUUAUUUUCACCGGCCAAGGUGCUCAAUGGCCCCAAAUGGGCAAAGAUCUGGUUGAAACCUUCCCUUCUGCACGGCUCUUGCUGCGCCAACUAGACUUGGUUCUCCAACGUCUUCCAGAUCCCCCAGCCUGGAGUUUGUUAGACGAGCUUACCCAACCUCGGAGCGCUGAGACCCUGAGACAACCCGAGUUCUCGCAGCCACUGGUGACCGCACUGCAGCUUGUCAUAGUUGAGAUUCUCCAAAACUGGGGUGUAUGUCCCCAAAGCGUUGUCGGCCACUCUUCUGGCGAGAUUGCUGCAGCUUGUGUCGCAGGACUUAUUUCUAAGGAAACUGCUAUCAUUGCUGCUUUCUAUCGUGGCUAUGCAGCGACGAGAGCACCACAGCAGGAUCUUGGAAUGCUCGCUGCUGGUAUCUCGGCUGCUGAGUUCCCAAACUACACUAGUGGUAUUAAAGAUGCCGUCUCGAUUGCAUGCUUCAAUAGUCCGCAGAGUAUCACGGUUUCGGGGACCAUUCCAGCAUUGGAACUGCUCCGACUGAACCUUGUCAGAGACAACAAGUUUGCACGCCUGCUCCAAGUUAAUCUCGCAUACCACUCCAAGUAUAUGAAAGAUAUUGGCGAUGACUAUGAUACCUUGCUAUCGGCCCAGGUUGAAGCCCAAUCUCCUGGGAACAAGGGAAUUCGCAUGUUCUCAUCUGUCACUGGAAGUCUCCUUGAGGGGCCUGUAUUCGUGGACUAUUGGAAGGCAAAUAUGACCUCGCCAGUUUGCUUCGAUCGAGCGGUCCAAGAAAUGCUCUCUGUCGACUCGAGUCCCGAUUUUCUGAUUGAGAUAGGGCCUUCUGGAGCCUUGGCUGGCCCAAUAUCCCAAAUUGUCAAGGCCCUCCCGAACGAAGCUGCAAGCGUCCAAUAUACCGCUGCCCUUUCUCGGGGACGCGAUGCAAUAAAAGCUACAUUCGAUGUUGCAGGAAAACUAUUCAUAGCCGGAGGUACCGUCAAUCUCUCAAACGUCAAUCAGCUAGGUGGCGAAGGUGAAGUUGCCCCAGCUGUGAUUGUUGAUCUGCCCAAUUACGCCUGGAAUUACUCAACCAAGUACUGGUAUGAGAAUGAAGCCAGCAAGGAUUGGCGCUACCGCUUGUUCCCGCACCAUGUGCUCCUUGGUAGCAAGAUCUUGGGUUCAUCCUGGAAUGAGCCUGCAUUCAAGAAGACUUUGGAAGUAGAAAGCCUGCCGUGGCUUCAGGAUCACAGAAUGGGGCCUGACAUUGUCUUCCCUGCUGCUGGGUUUGUCUCAAUGGCUAUAGAGGCUAUUCGCCAGAAGACAGAGGCAUUGAAUAUUUUGGAUGGAAAGCCUGGUCCCAAAGUACCAAGUUAUCGACUCCGGAACUUGACAUUCAAUAGGGCUCUCGUGUUGGAAGAACGUAAGCCGUGCAAAGUCAUGCUUACCCUUACCCCGAGAUCUGGAAGCGGCACGGCCUGGCAUGAUUACAAGGUCUCUUCCCUGGUGGACGGCGUAUGGCGCGAGAAUAGUGCUGGUCUGAUUCAGGUUACCAACCAAGUUGAGCGUGUUGCUUCGGCUCAUGAUAUUCGGAAUCUGGAAUAUCCAGCGGAUGGACGGUUAUGGUACAAGGCCAUGAACGACAUCGGAUAUAAUUUUGGUCCUGCAUUCCAGAAACAGCUUCAGGUUGAAUGCACCUCAGGCGAGCGAAAUAGUCGAUCCAUUGUUUCCCUGGAAGAGCCCGAUACUAGUAGCCUUCCGUCAGCCUUUGCUCUGCAUCCAGCCUGCAUUGAUGGCUGUUUCCAGACAUGUGCACCCUCGUUGUGGAAUGGUAACCGCAGCGAUGUCAAUGCCGUUUUGAUCCCGGCCAUUAUUGACGAUAUCAUUGUCAACCAACGGCCUGAAAUCUCCAAGACUGGCAUAGCAGUCUCAAGCUCGGCGUACGUGGGUCUAGGUCGCCCCGAUGAGACCAAAAGCUACUUGUCGAAUUCGUCAGUCUAUGUUAAAGAAACUGGACAACUUCUUUUCCAGGUCUCAGGACUCCGCUAUCACAAGUUGGAUGUUCGUGAGGAGAUUUACUCAAGACACGCUUACAGCCAAGUGGUAUGGAACCGGGAUAUCACCUCGCUCUCUGACUUCACAGAUAUAUCAACGCUCUUAGGAAUUGACAAUGGCGAUGAACCUCUCACUGAUGUUCAUCAUAUCGUGGAUAUGGCUUCUCACAAAAAGCCACAUCUGAGCGUUGCAGAAAUAAAUGUCAGGUCCAACGAUCCAACUAGUAUCUGGCUGGAUGGAAGUCUGUCAGACAGUUCUUCUCGUCGAUCCGCUCAGAACGUUCAGGUCAUGUUUGCAGAUCCAGGGGCACUUUUGGACGCCCAGGAGACAUAUUCCUCUCACGAAAAUGCACAUUUUGUUCUCACGGAUAUUGCUAGCGAGGGAUAUAUCCCCAACGGACAGACCACGUUUGACCUCGUCGUCCUCAAGUUGAGUGGAACCGACGAGCACUACAGGCAAAUUGUCGACAACACCCGCAAGCUCCUUGCAGAUGGCGGGUGCUUGUUGGUUGUGGAUUACGACGGGAAUGAUGAACACACUACGACCAGAAAGGGGCAAACGGCCACGUCUGUAGAUACCAAUGGCAACGACAUUCUCCAUGGGAACGGCGGAACCAGUGAUAGCAACUCCGACGGAUUUGAGAUCCUUGAUUCAACUGAAAGGCCCCGCGCCCAACGACAUUCAUUGAUGGAUCGAAAAGAUCUCACGUGUCUUGGUGCGGGGUUUUAUCCUUCUAUUGACAGCAACAUCGGAUCAAUCGUUCUUGGUCGCCAUGAAACCAUUCGCAAGCCAGUUUCGGGGUCUGUUAGCCUACUCCAAUUUUCCAAGCCAGUUAUCGCGAGUUUGAAGCUUCAAGCAAGCCUUGUCGCUGCUGGAUGGAACGUUAGCCAGCAUGAAGCACCUUUUGACGAUAUCGAUCCAGAGUCGAUCGGCAUCGUGGUGGAGUUUGGUGAUUCCAUUCUGCCAACAAUCACUGAACCCAACUGGGAAGCCCUUAAGGCAAUUAUUAGCUCUGGAAUGAAGCUUUUGUGGGUAACUGAAGGAUCUCAGAUGGAGGUUACUAAUCCCAGCAAGGCCAUGAUUCAUGGGUUGGGAAGAACUGUGCGAGCUGAGGAUCCAUCUGUCAACCUUACCACGCUCGACGUGGAAGGUGUCUCCAAUACAGCGACAUUCAAUGCUCUUGUUACUGUCCUCAAAAGGAUUCAAAGUCCCCGAGCAAAAGACCACAUUGAAAGUGAAUACGUCGAGAGGGGCGGUUAUCUUCAUGUCCCUCGAAUCCUGCCAGACAAUUCCCUUCAUUCUGCAGAGACGACGAUCAGGCUUCAGUGCGAGCGAGUUGGCACGAUUGAUACCAUUCAAUACAAUGAGGUGGCCCCGACAGAGCUUCCUCUUGGGGAAAACUUGGUUGAGGUGGAGUUGUUCGCAGCGGGAUUGAACUUCAAAGAUGUGGCUAUCACCAUGGGAAUCGUACCUGAGAACGAACAUCUGCUCGGCCUAGAAGGCGCCGGCCUCAUCCGACGAGUCCAUCCAUCAGUCACCAAAUUCAAGCCCGGAGAACGUGUGUUGGUCUUCAAAAAGGGUGCCUUUGCCAAUCGCGUCAUAGCAACGGUCGAGAGAACGUACCAUAUUCCAGACUGGAUGUCAUACGAGGAGGCUUCUACCCUGGCGAGCGUCUACCUCACCGCGAUGUACAGUAUCAAGGAUCUCGCCAAUACCCAAAAAGGCCAUCGAGUCUUGAUCCAUUCCGCCACAGGGGGUCUGGGCCAAGCUUCAAUUCAAAUUUGCCACAAUAUUGGUGCAGAGGUUUAUGCCACUGUUGGAAAUGACGAGAAGAGAAAGUUUCUAGUGGACCGAUAUGGGAUCCCAGAGGACCGAAUCUUCAGUUCGCGCUCUACUGACUUUGCCAGUGAGUUGAUGCAUGCUACGCAUGGUGCGGGUGUUGAUGUAAUUCUCAACUCCUUGACGGGUGAGCUAAUGGAGGAAUCGUGGCGGUGCAUUGCCGCCGGGGGUACUAUGGUCGAACUCGGUAAAAAGGACAUGCUGGACAGAAACUACCUAUCUAUGGAACCUUUUGGUCGCAAUGCGUCUUACCGCUGCUUUGAUAUGUCCCACGCUCAUGUUUCUGAUACUCUUAUUGCGAGACUCCUCGACCAGACCAUGGAUCUCAUCAAAAAGCGGCAGCUUACACCCAUUGGCCCUAUCACAACAUUCUCGUUUGCAGAUAUUCCUUCCGCAUUCAGAUAUAUGCGUGGGGGCAAACAUAUCGGAAAGAUUGUCAUUUCUGAUGGACCGAACACAGAUGUUCAGGUUGCGGCCCGUCCUGCGCAAAAGGUAUUGAUCCUUAAAGGAGAUGUGUCGUACUUGAUUGUUGGUGGUCUUAAGGGCCUCUGCGGCACCGUAGCCACACAGCUAGCCCGACAUGGUGCUAAACACUUGGUUAUUCUUUCUCGCAGUGGAUGCGAUGACGAGAGGUCCCAGGCGGUGUUGAAAAAUCUCAAGGCUAUUGGGUGUUCUUUCACUCUCGUUACCGGCGACGUGGCGAAGAAGGCCGAUGUGACACGAUGCUUUAAGGAGGCGCCCCUUCCUAUCGGAGGAAUCAUCCAAGGAGCCAUGGUUUUAAGGGACCGUGUCUUCACCUCGAUGACCAUCAGCGAGUAUUACCAGGCAAUUGAGGCCAAGUUGCAAGGUUCAUGGAAUCUACACGAUGUUUCCAUUGAGACGGGAUCCACGAUUAACUUCUUCACCAUGCUUUCCAGUAUUUCAGGUGUUGUUGGUCAGAAGGGACAGGCCAACUAUGCUGCUGCCAAUGUCUUCCUGGACAACUUCGCCCGGUACCGCCGCAAGCAGGGUCUGAAAGCUUGCUCUGUUGACCUGGGCGCCAUUGACGACAUCGGAUACAUGUCAGAGCACAAAGAUCUACUGGUGGCCCUCGACACCGCAGCCUGGACGCCCAUCAAUGAGUCUCUUUUCAACAAAAUUCUUCGCGUGGCUAUUCUGCAAGACAUUGCGCCUUUGAAUGCACACAGUAAUGGUCAAUUGAUCACCAGCAUUGCCGUCCCCCAGGAGGAAAACUCGCGCCUCCUAGCUGAUGCACGAUUUGCAGGUCUCUGUUUCAGAGACCAGACUAGUGGUUCUGGAGGCUCUGCUGCAGCUGACGAGACCAAAGAGCUGCAGGCGCUCCUUUUGCUGCUCAAGAAUGGUGCUCCACAGGCGGCUCUUAUGGGGGCCGCCAUUGAGGCCGUCAAUAAGCAAUUCAUGGUCACACUGCGACUUAGUGCACCUAUGGAGCCUGGCAAGCCGCUGAGCAGUUACGGGAUGGACUCUUUGGCUGCAGUUGAAUUCCGAAAUUGGGCGCGAUUGGAGCUACAGGUUGAACUGACAACACUGGAGAUUGCCAACGCUAAUUCACUUCAUGCGUUAUGUGACAAGAUUGUGUCAAAUAUGAAUAAGUCUUGA